AUGGAGAUUGACCCGUACAAUGUGCUCCAGGUGGACAAAGAUGCAACACCGCUAGCAAUUAAGAAAGCUUACAAGAAGCUAUCGCUUAAAUACCAUCCGGAUAAAAUCCAGCAACAGAGCCUGGACGAGGACAAUACGCUAUUUCCCCAGAUCCAGUUUGCCUAUAGCAUUUUGUCAGAUCCCGCCAAACGGAACCGAUAUGAUACCACGGGUUCUUUAGGGCUUCUGGGCGAGGAUCCAGAUGACAUUUUCAACUGGAAGGAGUACUUUGAGCUGACGACAGAGAAGAUCACUAUAGACAUGAUCGAGGAGGAUCGGGCCAAGUACCAAGGGUCCGAGGAGGAGAAGGAGGACAUUUUGCAUAACUUCGUGUACUACGAAGGCGACUUUCUUCGGCUUUUCGAGGUGAUUCCACAUUUGGAGUUUGAUGAGACCGAGGAAAGCAGGGUAUUUGAUAUCGUGGAUGCAGCGGUAGAGCUGGACGAGAUCACUGUCGACAAGAACAUCCGCAAGACGUGGGAUAAGUAUAAGAAGUCGAGAAAAACAAAGGUCAAGCAGAUGUUGAAGAAACUUGCCAAGGAGGCAAAGCAGGCCGAGGAGAUGUCAAAGAAGAUUUCCAAGAAGCCAAUCAAGAACGAGGGUGAUCUCGCUGCGCUUAUUAAGAGAAAGAACGCAGGCAAACUAGAUGAUUUGAUCAGCAGCUUGGAGUCCAAGUAUGGUAAAUCUAAGGGGAAGAAGAGACAGGCUCCGGAUAUUGACGACGAAGAGUUUGAGCGCAUCCAGAAAUCGAUGAAGAAGAAGCACUAA